AGUCAUCAUCGUCUCCUUCCUUAUUUCUUCUCAAUUUCCCAAAAGCUCUAAAGUCUCUUCUGCUUCAUCUUCCCAGUAACUCUCUGCCGCAGAUUUUUCCCUUAUGCCCUAGCUUCUUUCUUUUUCUUGCUUUUCUUGCUUUUCUUGCUGGGUCUUUUUCUUUCUUCUUGAAACCUUUCUCUAGGCGAAAGAUAAAUGGCUUCCUCGAACGAAAACGAUGAUGUUCCCAUGCUUCCGAUUCCAGACUCAUCACGGUCUCGCGCUAGAACUUUCACUUCAAGGUCUCGUAGCGUUUCCCUCUCUAACACUUCUUCCACCAUUGACGGAUUCGACAGCUCGAGUGUGGUUUUAGGCUACACAGGUCCUCUUCGAACACAGAGACGACCUCCUCCUUUAGUGCAAAUGAGUGGUCCUCUUUACCCUACACGCAGUUCUGAGCCUGUCUCUCUUCUUCCUCUUCCCACUGGUUCUUGUGAUUCCGUUGGUGGUGUCUCCUCUCAGCCUGAGAGGUAUCCUUCUUUUGCUGCUCUCGAACACAAAAAAUCAGACGAUGAAUUCGUCUUGAAACACGCAAAUCUCUUGAGAUCUGGACAAUUGGGGAUGUGUAAUGAUCCUUACUGUACCACUUGCCCUUCUUACUACAACCGCAAAGCUGCUCAAAUCCCCACUUCCAGAGUUUCUGCCAUUUUUGAUUCCAAGUUCCAUAAUGCUCUGUAUGAUGAUGCUAAAGGUUGGGCUAGGAGAUUUGCUACCUCUGUUAAUAGAUACUUACCUGGAAUCAUGAAUCCUCACUCCAAAUUCGUUCAGACCUGGACUAAAUUCUUUGCCCUUUCAUGCUUGUUGGCUAUCUUCAUUGAUCCCCUCUUCUUCUUCCUCAUAUUAGUCAACCAGAACAACAAAUGCAUUGUGAUCGAUUGGCCAAUGGCUAAAGCCUUUGUAGCUGUUAGAAGUGUAACGGAUAUUUUAUUCUCAGUGAACAUUAUGCUUCAGUUCCGAUUGGCCUAUGUAGCUCCUGAGUCUACAGUAGUUGGUGCUGGCCAGUUGGUUGAUCAUCCAGGGAAAAUUGCUCGCCAUUACUUCCGAGGAAAGUUUUUACUAGACUUGUUCAUAGUGAUGCCACUUCCACAGAUAUUGAUAUUAUCGAUAAUACCAGCACACUUAGGCGCAUCUGGUGCAAACUAUGCAAAAAACCUUUUACGCGCUGCAGUUCUUUUUCAAUACAUUCCAAAGUUAUAUAGGCUUCUUCCUCUUCUUGCUGGACAAACACCGACCGGCUUCAUAUUUGAGUCGGCUUGGGCUAAUUUUGUUAUCAAUCUGCUCACCUUCAUGCUUGCUGGACAUGUUGUUGGCUCUUGCUGGUAUCUUUUUGGUCUGCAGAGAGUUAAUCAAUGCCUUCGAAAUGCUUGCGGUAACUCUGACCGUGGAUGCAGAGAUCUUAUAGAUUGUGGUCGUGGAAAUAGCGACACAGCUUUAGCUGCCUGGAGAGGUAAUGCGAGUGCCUCUGCUUGUUUUCAAGAGGAUGGCUUUCCUUAUGGAAUCUAUUUGAAGGCAGUCAAUCUUACCAGCCAUUCUAGUCUCUUCACAAGAUACAGUUACUCUCUUUUCUGGGGUUUCCAGCAACUCAGCACGCUUGCUGGAAACCAAGUCCCAAGUUACUUUCUUGGGGAGGUCUUCUUCACUAUGGGCAUUAUCGGACUGGGACUUUUGCUUUUCGCGCUUCUUAUUGGUAAUAUGCAGAACUUCCUUCAAGCUCUUGGUCGAAGGAAUAUGGAAAUGACGCUAAGACGGCGUGAUGUGGAGCAAUGGAUGAGCCAUAGACGCUUGCCUGAGGGUAUAAGAAAGAGAGUACGAGAGGCUGAGCGGUUCAACUGGGCUGCUACCAGAGGAGUUAACGAAGAAUUGCUCUUUGAGAAUAUGCCUGAUGACCUUCAAAGAGAUAUAAGACGACACCUCUUCAUAUUUCUCAAGAAGGUGAGGAUAUUUUCGUUGAUGGAUGAAUCAAUCUUAGAUGCCAUACGAGAGAGGCUGAAACAGAGGACAUACAUAAGGAGUAGCACGGUCUUGCACCGCGGAGGUUUAAUUGAGAAAAUGGUUUUCAUAGUGAGAGGUGAGAUGGAAAGCAUUGGAGAAGACGGUUCUGUUCUGCCAUUAACGGAAGGCGACGUUUGUGGUGAAGAGCUCCUCACUUGGUGCCUAGAACGAUCUUCUGUAAACCCUGAUGGAACGAGGAUAAGGAUGCCAUCGAAGGGAUUGCUAAGCAACAGGAAUGUUAGGUGCGUGACAAACGUAGAGGCGUUUUCGCUGUGUGUAGCAGAUCUUGAAGACGUGACGAGUUUGUUUUCAAGAUUUCUAAGGAGCCAUCGAGUGCAAGGAGCCAUAAGGUACGAGUCUCCUUAUUGGAGGCUACGAGCGGCUAGGCAGAUUCAAGUGGCUUGGAGAUACAGAAGGAGACGGCUUCAGAGACUAUACACUGCUCAGACUAGUUACAGCCUUUAGAUUUUCACCUUCAUUCUUGAUGACAAUGAUGGCUUGAUGAUGAUAUAAGCUUGGUAAUUGUCACAUAGGUGGUGUUAUUGUCUUAUAAGAUAGCUUAAUGCUUCACUUGAAUUCAUUUUUACACUGUAAAAAUAUGAGUUUGAUGUAUUUGCUUUAAUAAGAUCAUUUUCUACU